GGGCCGAGAGGGAGGAGCCCGGAGGAUGGGCGUGAGAUCACUUCCUUGUGACCCGCCGAGGUGAGAGCGGGGACGGGGCAAAGAAGAACGACGAGGACAAAGGGGAGGAAGACCCAGUGGCGUUCGGGCGUCCUAGGCCCAUCGAGCCGGAUCCAUCGCCGGGCGGGCAGAAGACUCCAGUGAUUGCUCAUCCACCUCUGCAUCAAACGGAAAUUCCUCACCAGCAGCCUUCAGGCACUCAAUCAGCUCUCCCAGUUCUGAUCUCCUACCGCAACCACGUACUCCGCUACUCCAACUCCGACAACCUACUCUCCGUACCUCCGACUCGUCUGUCCCACCACCGACGCUUUGCCCGCGUCUCCCUCAGGCCUGGAACUUCUUCCCCCUUCGAGCCAACAGGGAGAAGCCUACCAUCCUCAUGCUGACUGCAAUAAUGUUGACCACCCGGCUUACCCGACCCUUCUUCGGUUUCUCUGGAAAAACUCUGAAUUUCAAGAACAUGCAAAAUGGUGCGAGGCCCGUGCAACGAUUUGACUCUCCCCCCUUUACCCCAGAUGGCCGUCGAUCCUACGCCGGCGACGUGGACCAGAUUGGCAGCAGAGCCGUGCUCGUCACUGGCUGCGAUUCAGGAUUCGGCUUCUCCUUAGCCAAGCACCUGCAUUCGAAAGGCUUCGUCGUGUUCGCCGGCUGCUUACUCAAGGAUAAAGGAGAUGCCGGGGUGCGCGAAUUGGACAGCGUGCAGAGCGAGCGGCUGAGGACCGUCCAGCUGAACGUGUGCAGUCAGGAAGAAGUGCAGAAAGCCAUGGAGUUGGUCAGGGCUCAUCUGAAGGACCCUGAAAAGGGACUGUGGGGCCUGGUGAACAAUGCAGGGAUCUCCACCUUCGGGGAGGUCGAAUUCACCAGCAUGGAGACCUACAAGGAGGUGGCCGAAGUGAACCUGUGGGGAACGGUUCGCACGACCAAAGCUUUCCUCCCCCUUAUCCGGAGGGCCAGAGGCCGCGUGGUGAACAUCAGCAGCAUGCUGGGCCGCAUGGCCAACCCCGCCCGCUCCCCGUACUGCAUCACCAAGUUCGGGGUGGAGGCCUUCUCGGACUGUCUGCGCUACGAGAUGCACCCGCUGGGGGUGAAGGUCAGCGUGGUGGAGCCGGGGAACUUCAUCGCCGCCACCAGCCUCUACAGCCCCGAGCGCAUCCAGGCCAUCGCGCAGAAGAUGUGGGACGACCUCCCCGAGGUGGUGCGGGAGGACUACGGCCGCAAAUACUUCGACGACAAGAUCGCCAAGAUGGAGACCUACUGCAACAGCGGCUCCACGGACACGUCGCCCGUCAUCGACGCCGUCACCCACGCCCUGGCCUCCCCCUCGCCCUACACCCGCUACCACCCCAUGGACUACUAUUGGUGGCUACGCAUGCAGGUCAUGACCCACAUGCCCGGAGCCGUCUCCGACCGGUUAUAUAUCCACUGAGCCGCCCCGCGACCCGUUGCCCGGCUCCGGGGGGGGGGGGGGGGGGGGGGAAGGAGCGAGGGAAGGGGCGCGGCCCCGGGGCCGCUUCUGCAGCGGGAGUCGGGGUUAAUUCCGUGGCCCGGUCAUCCGAGCUUUCGUUCACGUUCACUCGAUCUUCUUCUGGUGCUUCUGGCCGUUUGCGUACGCGCGAGUCGUGGGAUGGUUCAAGCUUAAGGAAUGGGACUGUGCGGGAAUCAUCGGGGUGUUGCCGGCGGAUGGACUUCUGAGGACCGGAAUCACCCCGUAACUGAAACGUUGGGCCCCCAGCCACCCCGACGUUGCUUACGCUGUAGAGAUUCUCACCUGGAGUGUUUGACCGGUGGAGCUUUCGGGGCCACGUCCGGUCGACGUCAGCCCCAGACUCCCCAUUUGGGCUUUUUCUGGGUUUGUCUCUCCCUCUAAUCCUCCCUGACAUUAUUCCCCGGGCUGGAUUUUCCCGUCGCUUUCAGCCCCCAGGUGGUAACGAUGGGCCCGGGUGGCCCUUUGGAAAUGAUCCGUCUCCUCAAGGGCAGAGAGCGGGCUCGGUGUGCCCUGUGACCCUUCCCAUCCUGCCCCGCGGUCGGUCGGCCCGGCACCGCUCGCUGCUCCGGAAGGGUGUUCUUCGCCACCCUGGGGAGAAGGGACCCAAACGAGGGUCUCUGACGAGGUCACAGCUAGGGAAGGGAUCGAUGUCUUGCUUCUGCAAAUAAUUUCGCUAAUUAGGGUAGUUGUUAAGCGCUUACUAAGGGCCAAGCGUGGUACUGAGCACGGGGGAAGAUCCAAGAUAUUCAGGUCAGACACGGCCCCUGUGCCACACUCAUGAUCUAAGGAGGUGGGAGAACAGAGAUUGAAUCCC